AUAAAAUAGAAUUUGAGAAAAAAAAGAUUGAUCAGCCAUCGGAGAGAAGAAAGAAAUGAUAGAUAACUGGAUCACGAGAAGACACAAAUCACAAAGAAGAAGAAAGAAAACAAAAAUUAAAGAAGAAGAAGAAAGAACAACAACAAUAACAAUUUCGUAUUGAAGCAAAUCCAUAAAGGUCUAAUCUUUUUUAUAUUUGUAUCUGAAGUCAGUCAAUAAAACAACGAGGAGGUUUUGGAAGAGAGAACUUGAAUGUGACUCUCUUUUUAUUAUUAGAUGGAGUUGAUGAGUUUGUUCUUCUAAGGGAUUGUGUUUUUGUAAUUUGGGAAGAACCAUCUGAGUUAGUAUGUGGAAACAGAUUAUAAGUAAGCUUCCUAAGAAGUCUUCUUCUAAGAACCAUUCUUCAUCUACUUCCAAUGCUUCUACUUCCAAAGCUAGUGACAAUGGAGCCGGGAAGUCAGGUAAUUCUCACGCCAAGAACAACGCUCCUGCUGUUAAACCUGCUGCUGAUUCUGGUUUUAAAGAUGGGAAUUCUAAAGGAAACGGUCCUUAUGAAGCUUUGCCUAGUUUUAAAGAUGUUCCAAAUGCAGAGAAGCAGAGCUUGUGUCUGAGAAAACUCAACUUGUGCUGUCUAGUGUUUGAUUUCUCGGAUCCUACAAAGAACGUGAAGGAGAAAGAGAUCAAACGUCAGACGUUGCUUGAUCUUGUGGAUUACGUUGCUUCUCCUAAUGGGAAGUUUAGUGAAACUGUUAUCCAAGAAGCUGUUAAAAUGGUUUCUGUUAACAUUUUCAGAACCUUGAAUCCUCAACCGCGUGAGAAUAAAGUUAUUGAUGCUUUGGAUUUGGAAGAAGAGGAGCCUUCUAUGGAUCCUGCUUGGCCUCACUUGCAGCUUGUCUAUGAGAUUCUCCUCAGGCUUAUUGCUUCACCUGAGACAGAUACAAAGCUGGCUAAGAAGUACAUCGACCAGUCUUUUGUCUCGAGGUUACUUGAUUUAUUUGACUCCGAGGAUCCUAGAGAAAGAGAUUGUCUCAAAACCGUUCUGCAUCGCAUCUAUGGUAAGUUCAUGGUUCAUCGUCCUUUCAUAAGGAAAUCAAUCAACAACAUUUUCUAUAGGUUUGUUUUCGAGACUGAGAAACACAAUGGGAUUGCUGAGUUCUUAGAGAUUUUGGGAAGUAUCAUCAAUGGAUUUGCUCUGCCGCUUAAAGAUGAGCAUAAAGUGUUUCUGGUUCGAGCUUUGAUACCUCUCCACAAACCGAAAUGCUUACAAAUGUAUCAUCAGCAGUUGUCUUAUUGUAUCACACAGUUUGUGGAAAAAGAUUGCAAACUUGCUGAUACAGUUAUAAGGGGAUUACUCAAGUCUUGGCCCGUCACGAAUAGUUCCAAAGAAGUCAUGUUUUUAAACGAGCUAGAGGAAGUAUUAGAAGCUACUCAGCCACCUGAAUUCCAACGGUGUAUGGUCCCAUUGUUUCGCCAAGUUGCUCGGUGUUUGAACAGUCUCCAUUUUCAGGUUGCAGAAAGAGCUUUGUUCUUAUGGAACAACGAUCAUAUCGAGAAUCUGAUAAUGCAGAACCGUAAAGUUAUACUACCUAUCAUAUUCCCUGCAUUGGAAAGAAACACUCAGAAGCAUUGGAACCAAGCUGUUCAUAGCUUAACGCUGAACGUGCAGAAGAUAUUUAAUGACGUCGAUGCAGACUUGUUUAAGGAAUGUCUUGGUAAGUUUAGAGAAGAUGAAUCAAAAGAAGCUGAAAUUGGAGCAAAACGUGAGGCGACAUGGAAACGGUUGGAAGAAAUUGGGGAUCAAAAGCAAAAGAGUUCAUUAAACAUUAGUGAGAAGAAGUUUCAGAUUCGUCUUCUUUGAAGAUAUUGCGAAGAUGUAAGAUCGUUUUUUUUUCUUUACUUUUGGUUUUCUUGUUUGUUAAAAGCUUUGCUAAUGGGUUAGAUCACAACGGCCCUGUUCGUUUGUUAAUCGCAGCGAUGGUAAUAACUAUGUAACAUGGUAAUAAAGCUAGUCAUAAGAAAUGUUACGGUUCAAAAUACAUGAAAGAGAGUAAUUAAGCAAGGUUAUAUACAUGAGAUAUUAAACUCUUGAAAUAAGGAACACCUCUAUAAAAAAGAUGACUUCACCAUAACGAUGUGUGAGUAGGAUCUCCUUAUACUUCAAUAUCGCCACCGGUGUGCAUGGCCGAGUCACAUGCUUUCGGGUCCAAGUAGAAUAAACCCUUCCAGAUGCAGACCAUGAUGAAGACAAGAUCGAAGAUCUAUAGUAUAAAUCUUUAUCCAUGUCUCUUCUGAUGAUGAUAAUUGCAAGCUCCAAAUCUCUUGGAUCAUUGUACGGCGAUUUCGGUUGUGUUUGUUUGGUGAUUGCUUACUGGUUUGCAUUUGUUAAGAUAAACCAGUUUGUGUUAAAAAAGUUGGACUCGUGUUUUGGUGAGGUGUGCCAGGCCUUCGCAGUAGUGCAAGACGAAAGCGACACGUGAGAGUCCAAUCAGCAAGCUGACAUGGCGAACUCUCCCCCAUAAAAAAUAGAGUUAAUAUCGUGUGAGCCGAUGGCCCACAUAUCAGAUAUUAAACUGAUAAGAACAGAUACUACACUUGAUCUUAGCCAAAAGGCCGAGAAAGGUA